UAGGUUGGGAAGAGGCGGGGACGGAGUGGGUGAAGCUGAGCUAGGGCAGGGGAUUGAACUACUGCUACAACCCAAAGGAAUGUAAAAGUUAAGGCCCGAAACCAUCCUCGAGAAGGUGUACACGCGAGCUAAACGACUCAAUAUAUCACAUUUUUACUCAUGGAAGCAGAUGGAUUUGCAAGAAAGCGUCGGAUGAGAGCUGAGACCACGUGCAUGGAUCCCGUGGUUGCUGGAGCCUCUGCUGGGGCAGAAGUUCAAUGGCUGGGGGGCAGAUUCUGGGGAAUUUCGGAAAGUAUUGUGGGAAGCCUGACACCCCGAGUUGGAGGGGAAAAACAAUUACAGAACGUUGAUUUUGCCUGUUGUGCUCAAGAUGCACAGACUGGGGACUUCGACGCAGACUAUGAAGGUCUGCCACAGGGAGCUUCUACUAGCACCCACAUGUUGGCUGGAGCUGUGGCCGGGAUCAUGGAGCACUGUGUCAUGUUCCCCAUCGACUGUGUAAAGACCCGAAUGCAGAGCCUCCAGCCCGACCCUGCAGCUCGCUACAGGAAUGUGAUGGAUGCUCUCCGCCGUAUUGUUUCCACAGAGGGAGCGUGGCGACCGUUACGAGGCCUCAACGCAACAGCGAUCGGGGCAGGGCCCGCCCACGCCCUCUAUUUCGCCAGCUAUGAGAAACUCAAACGGACUCUAUCUGAUGCCAUUCAUCCAGGCGCUAACAGUCAUUUGGCUAAUGGAGCAGCUGGUUGCGUGGCCACAUUGCUUCACGAUGCAAUCAUGAACCCAGCUGAAGUUGUGAAGCAACGCAUGCAGAUGUAUAACUCGCCUUACCGGGGCGUCUUGGACUGUGUUGGCGCCGUGUGGCAAAAAGAAGGCCCUGCGGCGUUCUACCGCAGCUACACCACCCAGCUCACUAUGAACGUGCCCUUCCAGGCGCUCCACUUCAUGACCUACGAGUACCUCCAGGAGCUGCUGAACCCCCUCAGACAGUACAACCCCUCGUCUCACAUGCUCUCUGGAGCUUUGGCUGGAGCCAUCGCAGCGGCGGCCACCACGCCUCUGGAUGUGUGCAAGACGCUGCUGAACACCCAGGAGUCCCAGGCCCUCAGCUCCUCUGGCCAAGGCAAAGGAGCCCACAGACACAUCUCAGGCCUGGCCCACGCCUUCCGGACUGUCUACAGGCUGGGUGGCCUGCCGGGCUUCUUCAGAGGGGUCCAGGCGAGGGUCAUCUACCAAAUGCCCUCCACGGCCAUUAGCUGGUCAGUCUACGAGUUCUUCAAGUACGGACUUACGAAGCACCAGCACAGUAAGAGAAGAGUUCCACACGCAGAGACCGAAACGUAAAGGUCCUCUGAUGUCGGUCUGCCCUCGCUGUGAGGAGGAAUUAUACGCACAUAGAGUCAACAUGCCUCAGUUGUCUUUGUCUUUUCAGAUAGCAGAAUAAGAAAGAUGUCUUCUGAAGUGUCUGGUCCCUGCCAAAUCCUCUCUGGCUUCUCUGAGGGGAGAAAAUGUUUUCACGUUAACACACCGAGUGGAAUCGUUUCAAAAGCCUCUUCAGAAAUCACGGUUCAUUCAGGCAGAGCGAAGUGAACGCUCAUCAGCAGAGGGACGUUUCUGUCAUCUCUGAGCAUUAAGUACGUUGGUUUGUGUCCAGAUUUCCCCUUUCCUCUGUUAUAAUAAACCCGAUUUACUGCUAUUCUGCUCAAGGAGACAUUCAGUUUGGGUUUGCUUCAAAUACAAACGAGAUCAGGCCUUCAGCGUCCAGAGAAAAUUCAUGUUGAAAUGGUUUAGUUGUUUAAACUGAAUCCAAAAGCUAAGACGCUUAUUUAUAAUGUUGGAUGAAUAAUAAACAUGAAUUUUGUCAAAAGCGAUCCUUAUAUUAAGAUUUGGACCUUUUAGAAAAUUUAUAUGAAUAUUUUUUUGGUUAUACAAUUGUAUAAAAAAUUCCCAGCAAAAGAAAAAGAUACAUGUUUCAUUUUUUAUGCAUUUAAAUGGAUAAAUCUAAACUUUAUCAUCAUAAAUCUGUUUGAUUUCUCCCUAAAAUGAAAGAUCAGUUCAGAUUUUUGCUCUGCAGUAAAAUGUUUUACAGAUGAGGAAUCAAGCUGUGUUUCGUGGCCGCAAAUGGAAGCUGUCCUCCCUGAUGUCUGAUUGUUGCACUUGUUGAAUAAAGAUGCAGCAGUGAUCGUCUCACUGCGUGUAAACGGUU